AUGUCAAUUUAUCAAAAACGUUGGUCGUCUUGUGGUAGUGGAACAACACCAACAGCUUCUUCAAAUGGAUUAUUAUCAAGUGGAGUAGAACCAUCAACAGUUGGAACAAGUUGGAAUUCAGUUAGAUGGAAUAAACCAUCAACUAGUUAUCGAGAUAGAUUGGCAUCAAGAUUUGAGACAAAUAAAUCUGAUUUGGCAUCGAUGUAUAUUCCGCAGAGCCGGGCUAGUAGUAGUAGGUGAGUACAAAUUUUCAGAGAAUAAAUAAAGUAGAAUCUAGAUUUUGCUAGAUGUUUCCUUUGAUAUUUUCGGUUAUACAUUCAAACAAAAAAUUCACACAACUUUGGUUUGUAUAAUGAUAAUGUUCAAAAUUUUCUGAGAAAAAAGUUCCACCCCCGUGUCUAAAUACCCUGUCUAAACAUAAAAUGACCAAAAAACUGAAUAGUCCAGCUGGCCUCGGGUCACUAAAAAACGAUCAAAAAGAACGAAAACGUCUGUUUUUUUUGUUCGGCCAAAACCACAUGCUCUUUCUUUUCAACAACACACAAAAUUAUAUCUAUCAAGUUGGCAAGCUUCGAAAACUUUUAUUAAACUUUUUUCGGUUAGCUGAAAAUUUGUGAAUUAUUCUGUGCCCAACAUCCUUUGUCUAAAAUCUAUCUCAGAAUUCAAAACAAUCUUGAAGUUUUCAGAUUCUCCUCUAGCGCCGCUAAAAAUGCUGCAGAUAUUGCAAGCAUCGGUCCAUCAGUAAGCGCGCGAGCUUCACGUUUUGAUUCGCUGAGCAUGCCAAAUCGUGAGAAAUAUCGCAGUGAAGCGCGCGAUUUGAUAAAUAAAUGGUCGAGUCGCGAAAGAACAACAUCUGGUGAGUUUUAUUGUCGCAUUUUCAUUUUUACUCAUUUUUUUGCUUGCUCCGUCGUUCAGUGGGAAAUCAGACAAGUGGUGGUGCAAAUUCGAAUAGUAUUAGUAGUGUUUAUCGAUCGAGUUAUGAGCCGAGGACAAGUAGUUUGACGACAAAAUCCACGACACGUAAGUUUUUUCUUCGAUGCUGAACCGGGGGGAAAUCUUCCCACUCUCAAGAUCUAAGCCUUUUGCAGCUUCUUAUCGAUCUACAACCUCUCUAACCCCAACACGAACAUCCGAAAUUAUGUCACGAUACUCCAGUGAUCGCAACAGCGUCCUUUCGCCAUCUCCAACUCCCAUAUCUCUACAGUAAGUCUCCGUUUAUACAAUCUCCCAAAAAAAAUCCACUUUCCAGCACUACACCAAAAGCCGAUCGCCCGUGGCGUCAACGACUCGCCGAAUCGUCGCGCAUUCGCUCGACAUUAGGCGAUGAUGUGAGUGAAGGGUAUACGUCACGGCGGGCGCGAAAUGCGUCUUCGCGUCGCGGCUCGUUGUCGCAAGACGGCGGCGAGUCUUCGUGUUAUGAGUUUGUUAAUAGUUAUAGUGGUGCUAGUGUGCUAGGCACAACGGUUAGUUUUUUAUUUUUUUUGGUUAGCUUGUGUGACCUUUUAUGAUCAUUUUGGGUGUAUUUCUCAGUUAUUUUUGUGUAUCAUUAAGCUUCUCUAAUUUCUAUAGCUUUUCUAGAUUCUCUAGCUUAUCCGACUGCUCCAGCUUUUCUAACUGUUCAGUGCUUUUUACCUUCUGAAACAUCUCACUUUCCUCCAAGGUCUUCCUCUGCAACCCUCGAACAUUUUUACUUGCAGUAUCGCUCUCGUCAACCAUCAACCGAAACCUCGUCUUAUUUUUCACCAUCAACCCGCUUUACUACUUCCACCUAUCCCACAACUACAUACACAAAAAGAUCUACCGUCGCCGAAAUCCCGCCAUUAAAAAAUGCUGUGGAGAGACAAAAAUCGUCAUCGAUUAUUCGAGAAUCGAGCAAAGAACGAGACGUGGUGCGCAAGAAAAGUGUUCGAGAAAGAAGUAAGAUUUUCAGAUCUAACUUUUUCUUGAAACAAGAAAUAUUUUGCAGCAGCUCGCCGUGCUUCUCGUCAAAACAGCCAACAACAAUCGUCGUCGGAUGAGGAAUUGACAGAGGAGCAAAAGAAGUUGAGAAUUCGAAGCAGGUCAAAUUCUGCAGCCAGGUUGAGAAAAUUGAGGAAGAAAUCGGAAAUUUUGGAUGGCGUUCAGUAUAAAGUCACAGCGGCUGAAAUUGAGAAGGAAAUGGUAGGACUUAUUUCUAAAUUUUAUAUAGAGAAUCGUUUUUCACAUGGAAAAAAAAUUCUUGAAAUUGGCUAACUAGAGAAUUUUACUAGGUCAAAGAGGAUUUAUUCAAGCGUACAGAUUUCCCUUAGUCUUAAAAAUUUCAAUUUUUCAGAAAACUUCCUUGCAAUCUCUUCAAUCCCUUUCUCACUAUGAAACGGGAGCCGAAGAUGGUUCAAUCGUCGCAGUUCCAAUGGGGCAAUCUGUUCCGCCGGAAAGCGAAGGUUUUCAAUCGUGCGCCGCCUCUCCGCUGGUUCCCACAAUUUCCCGAAGCAGCUCAAAAAAUGGAGUUGUCAAAAAUCAGGUCAUCAGUGAGUUCGAGAAUUUUUAAGGUGUAAACUCAUCAACAAAAAACAUUAUUUGCAGAAAGUCCAUCGCUCAUCGAAGUUCUUGGAGUUUCAAAGGUUCAUUUUUCUCAGAAUAAUUUUCUGUUCAAGUUUUUUUAUUAGUUUCUAACUCAUAGAUUUUUAGGAGGAUGUAGCAGACGAACUAACCGAUUUAGAUGCUUUAGAAGAGGAGGUAGUUUUUUAGUUAGCUUAACUCUAACUUACUUACUAGCUGAAUCGUCUUAAAACUUUCCUAAUGUUUCAGGAUAACGACGAAUCACAGUAUAGUGCGGUAGCUCAUUUUAAACCUAAAAAACGGGCGAGACCAGUUCCAGGAAUGUGGAAAUCGACAACAUCGGAAAAUGAGGAGUUCAUUUCAAGAAAUAAGAGUUUUCAUAAGUCGGAUGCAAUUGGAGAGGUUGAGAUGAUAAUGGCGAUUCUGAAGACGAUUGAGAAAAUUGAGAAGAGUUUGAAAAUUGGUGAUGGAAAAGAAAAGGAGAAGAAGGUUGUCAAGAAAAAAGUAGUUAGUUUUUUACGGAGAGAUCAGAAGAAGUAUGACGUGGCAAAAUAAAUAUUUUUCAGAUCGUCACAAAACGCAAGAAAUCAUCACCAAUCGUGUUGGAAGUCAAGGAACCUGUUGUAGCUGAAAAUAAAACGCCUAACGAGGUGGCUAAACCUAAAACUGAGGUUAAGCCUAAGACUUUGGUGGAAUCUAAGAUUGGUGUGAAGCUUAAAGAGGAAUCAAAGCCAAAAAUAACAGAAGCUAAACCUAAAGAAGAGCCAAAACCUAAAACCGCCGAGAUGAAAUCCAAGGUAUCUGAGCUUAAGCCUAAAGAAGAAGUCAAGCCUAAAGUAGUCGAGUCUAAAUCCAAAGAAGAGUCCAAGCCUAAGGUUGCUGAGGUCACCAAAAAAUCCGUGGUUGUAACCAAAGAGCCUGCCAAGAAACUCGAAAAAACACCAGAAGAGCCCAAAAAAGAGCCCGAACCACCCAAGAAAAUUCCAAUGGUCACCAAAGAGAUUACCAAAUACUUCACUCCACGGAAUAAGACAACAUUCUUACGAGCUGAGAUCAGCAAACCUAUUCCAAAUCAUAGAAAUAUCGGACUUCGAUGCAGAUGCACAACAGAUUUAAAGAUCGCAAUUUCCGAGCAUUAUCGGAGAAAGGCUAGACAAGAAAGAGCAACAGUUCUUGUGGAUACCCCAAUUGAAGGAAAGAAUCAGGCGAGAUUAAAGUUGAAGAUCAGAGUCCCAACUCCACCUCCACCUUCACUUCCAAACAUACCUGAUAUUAUGCAAAGUUAUAUGAUAUCUGAAUCAGCAACAGAGGAAUCGGCAUUCAGUAGAUCUUGUUCAAGACAAUCCGAUACUCGUGCUUCAAUAAUCUUGGAUGAAAUGCGAAAUAGAGAAGCGGAUGUUGAAUGGAUUAUUAAAGAUGGAGAGGAGAUCAGUGAUGAUUUGAUAUUGCCGGAUCAGUCGAUUUUAGAGCAAUAUGUGAAUCGGAAGAGACGAAGACUUCGACCAUCUUCGAUUUGUUCGUCAAGGGGAUACGAAUCAAGUAAUUGUGCAUCACCAUGUCCAUCCACAGUUUCGGAAUUGUGUUUGCCGAGUUCAGUAAUUGUGCAUGAAGCGAGAAAAAGGGCUCCAAAUAGUGCUGAACCGACUGUCCAAAUGACAUCGACACCUAAAGGAUUCACGAGGUCGGUUUAAGGAAAAAAAUUAGGUUUUCGUAGUAGAGUUGGUCCCUAAAUCCACAUGGAAUUUUCCAAUCAUUUUUCAAUCCCCAAAAACAUGUGCACUUUUUAUGUUCAAAAAAUCAUGCAUGAAUAUCAACAAAAAAUAUGAAUACUAUUACACUUUUCCACUUUUUUUCGGGAAAACAAUUUUUCACCGCAAAAAAAAAUGAAAAAACACGAUGAUUUAUGUUAAGAUAAUAUAUUUUACACAAAAUAUAUGUUAUACACCAGGUGGUAUUAAAUUACAAGGAAAAAAUUGAAAUUUUUUCAGAAAUCCACCAAUUGCCGCUAUCAAACCUGUGCCAUUUGAAGCUCCAAAAACUUUGUUUGAAAAAAUGAUUCAAGAUCAGGCGAAUCGCAACAAAUCAAAGAAUGAGAAAAGUGCAGAAAAUGAGGUGAGAAAUCAAGAAUUUUCAGAUUCUCCAUUAAAAAUUGCGGAAAAAACAAUUUUUCUGAUCGAUUUUUGAAAUGAGAUGGAUGACACAUGUUUCGAGUCACGAAGAAAGUUUCUUGUGAUUUUUUUUGGGAUUUUUUUGUUUUUUUUUUGGUAAAAGGAGAUCAGAAAUCUAAAAUUUCCUAUUCCACGUGGAUUUUUUCGUUACAGAAAAAUGCCGAUUUCCAGAAAAAAUUUGUUAAACUACAGGUUUUCUGUACAUUUCAUAAUAGAUAAAAACGUUCCAAAAUUUGAACUCUUCUAAAAAACACUGAAAAAAUUCGGGUUACUGUAGUAACCCCUGAUUUAUGAGCUAUCAAAUGUUCUUAAUUUUCAAAUCCACGUGAAAUUCGGCAGGCUCAUAAAAUUUUCGCAAGUUCCAAAUUUCUUCUCAAAAUCAUAUCAUCUUUUUUUCGUUGCUUCUGCUUCAAAUUUCGCCUCAUAAUUUUGUACAUAUCAGUCAGCUAUUCUAGCUGCUAACAAAAGAUGAUGAUGUAAAGGAAUUCAAAGAAGAGAAAGCACAAGAAAAGUGUGCUUGA